AUGGCAUUCCUCUUCAGACGCCUCUUCUCCUCCGCCCAGACAUCACCCGCAAACAUGGCCGCCACCAAGCAGAAAGUCCAGCAGCUCAUCGACGACAACAAGGUCGUCAUCUUCUCCAAGUCGUACUGCCCCUACUGUCGCCAGACAAAGUCCACCCUCGACGAGCUCAACACCGACUACACCGUCCUCGAGCUCGACCAGAUUGACGACGGCAGCGCCAUCCAGGAUGCCCUCCAGGAGAUCACCGGCCAGCGCUCCGUCCCCAACUCCUUCAUCGCCCAGAAGCACAUUGGCGGCAACUCGGACCUGCAGAACCUGCUCAAGGGCGGCAAGCUCGAGAACCUCCUCAAGGAGGCCGGCGCCCUCAAGGCGUAA